UUUCUCAAGCAGUACCUAAGAGCGAGAAGACCUGAACGGGCACUACGCGCAUCUCUUGCAGAUGAGUACUUCCGGUGUAAAACAGAAACUCGUUAUCUCUUGCAAACGCCAAGCGUUUUACCAUAGAGAAAUAGAGGGCUAGAGCGGCAUUUUUCUAUUUGCCAGAAACGGAGGCUUUUGCGUCACUGUAGCCUUUCUGUUUUUCUAUUUGAAGGGAAAGGUUUGGCGGAAGCUGGCCGAGAGCGUUCAGCGUUGCCCGGCAACGGAAGGGAAAGCUGGUCUAGGCCAAGGCGCGCCAGUCUUUAGCGACCGCUGGGGCUGGUGGGAAGAAGGAAAGAAAGGCGGGAAAGAGGGCAGAAGGACCCACGUGCGAGAGUUCUGCGUGAGGACCGCAGAUUUUUUCCCCUAAGCGUCGAAAAAUUUCCUGAGUAUACCAUACUUUUUCCUGUGUUUUAGCGCUGGAACAUUUUCUUAAUUCUCAUUAAGCAAAUUAGUUUGGCCCUGGUUCAAAAUGUAAAGUUGCCAGUCUCCAGGUGGGGCAUGGAGAUUUCCUGAUAUCAGUUCCUCUGGAGAAAAUGGCUGCUUUGGAGGCUGUACUGGUAUUAUCCCUGCUAAGCUCCCUCCCUCCCCUAUUCCUUCCCUCCCCAGGCUUCAUCUCCAAAUCUUGCAAUUUCUCAACAUGGACUUGGCAACCCUGUUAAAAAGAGACAGGGUCUCAAAGUCCUUCCUUCCACCCACCCACCAGCAGCUUCACAACAGAUUGUGUUAUGAGUGCGUAUUCUACGGUGAAGCUUACAGGAUUACUUUGGACCUGUCAUGGUUGAUUCUCUCACUCCUAGCCUACUUCAUGGGAUUGUGAGAGUAGAAUGGAGGAUGGAAGACCCGCGUACGCCAGUCUGAGGUUGGGCUGGCUAAAAAUCUUGUAGCUGGUUCACACUAUUUGGCUGGGAAUGGUGUGUAGUGAAUACAGUACUUGGAAACCCAGGUUUGAAUUCCUGUUCACCCGUUAAGCUCAUGAACUGAUGUUGGGGUUCUCAUUUGUCCUGGCCUGAGAGAACCAGUGUGAGGUUGGAAGUGAAAUACAUGAUAUAUGGAAGUGGCCAUGGGGAGGGUUUAGAAACAGCUUUUGAUGCAGAAUGCUGCAGUCUAAUUAGUUUUGGGGUAGCAAGAGGAUAUCCUUGUGUUACACUUGUGUUGGAACAACUGUAUUGGUGGCUGUGGUCUUACAAACAUUCAAAGGGAUGGCUAUGGCCCUACAAACACCCAAACAGCUACUGUGUUUCAGUGACCACUUUCUCUCAUUUACACUUUUCCAGAGAUUGGUAGGUGUGCCAUCUUCAAUGCCAAAUUGUAUGGAGACUUGAUUGAACUGCCAGAAAGUAGGACCUUUGGACCUGAGGAUUUCCAGCUGUCAUUGCUAGAGAGAAUGGCUCUAUAACCUAUCCCUGUUGCCCACAGUCUUGGGGUGUUUCUGGAUGCCUCCCUUUCUGUGGAGGCCCAGAUAACCCAUACUGCACGCACAGCGUUUUCCAUCUUCACCAAUCUCGGUGGCUGGCUCCAUAUCUCUCCCAAUCCGAUCUAGCUGUUGUGAUCCAUGCAACGGUCACCUCCAGGCUAGAUUACUGUAAUUCGUUCUACGCUGGCCUGCCCUUGACUCUGAUCUGGAAACUGAAUCUGGUGCAAAAUGUGGCCACAAGGUUUCCUAAUGGGGCAUCGAUGAGGGAGCACAUCACCCCCAUCCUCCACAAACUGGAUUGGCUACCGGUAGAGUUCCGGAUCAUGUUUAAGAUAUUGGUUUUGACCUUUAAGGCGAUGAACAGCUUGGGACCUGCAUACCUCCAAAACUGCAUUACCCCAUAUUUCCCGCAGAUAAACCUGAGGUCAGCAGAUGCAAACCUUCUGGUGGUCCCUGACCCCUUUACUGUCAGAUUGGCCUCAACCAGGGCCAGGGCUUUUUUGGCCCUGGUCCCUACCUGGUGGAAUGCUCUGCCACCUAACAUCAGGGCUCUGUGAGAUUUGGUGCAAUUCUGCAGUUCCUGUAAGGCAGAGUUGUUCCGCCAAGCUUUUGGUUGAGGCCCAAAAUUGUAAUUAUUUUCAAUUACAGUUACUUUUGCUGUCAGCCCUAAACCCUUAAUCCCCUAUCUGUUUCUCAAUAACACCUGUUGCCGGUCUUAACUGUUACCUCUGAUUUUUAAGUUGAUUUUAAUUUAAAUGUAUUUUAUCUAGCCUGGAUUAGAUUUUAAUUAUUAUAGCUGUUUUAAUUGUUUUAUUAAAUCUUCCCUCAAGGCAGCAUAUAAAUUGAAAUAAAUAAAUAAUAAAGUCACUGCUCCUAGAACACCCUGCUUCAAGAGAUUAGACUCACGCUGUCCCUGCUGUAACUCUGCUGAAAGUUGAUUCAUUUUGUUUGGCUUUCAACUAAUAAGAUGAGUCUGCAUUAUUGUUUUUUGUUUGUCCUGAUGAUUUAACCCCUAGAAUCAUAGAGUUGGAAGAGACCACAAGGGCUAUCAAGUCCAACCCCCUACAAUGCAGGAACACACAAUCAAAGCACUCCUGAUAUAUGCUCAUCCAGCCUCUGUUUAAAAACCCUCCAAUGAAGGUGACUCCACUGUCUGAGGCAGUGAAUUCCACUGUCAAAUAGCCCUGACAGUCAGAAAGUUCUUCCUAAUGUUAGGUUGAAUCUCUUUUCCUUCAUCUUGAAUCCAUUACUUCGCUGUUUGAUUUUAUGUAUUGGUAUGUGGUUUUAUUUUAAGAUCUUUAUGUAUUGGUAUGUGGUUUUAUUUUAAGAUCUUAAGAUGGGAACAUUUAUAUGUGCUGAAAAUCUCAUGUAUUUUUACUGUUAUAUGGCCUGUUUUGUUCACUGUGCUGGAACCGCAGUAUGAAGCAAAAUAAAUGUGCCACAGAUAGUCAGUGGUUCUUCUUACCUAUCACUGUCCACAAAGAUUGAUCUAUUUACUAGGACUCAAUGACAAAGAUGAGACAGUAAUACUGUGUGUGGGCUCCUAUGAUUAGAAUGCUCCUCCACAAAGAAAGCAAACACCCUAUAUGUCAGGCUCUAUCUUAGAAUUCUCCCUGACAUGAUUGCUUUUUAUGUGCAGGAAUUAUUAUUUGUUUUUAUGGCAGAACAUUACAUUAUGUGCUUCUUCUUCUUGCAGUCUAAAGUGGUGCAACGCAAACUGCCGCCUUAGCAGUUUGUGAAAACUAGGCCUGAGAAUAAUGUUUUGCUUCCACUGAGUCCCUGUUCAAGAUUUACCAGCAUUUUCAGACUCCUCCUUAACCCAAGAAACAGUUGCAGAAAUGAUGACUGUGGACAUCAGCCACUGGGAUGAAACCAUUUGCAAUAUGACUGCUUGCCAACACCCGCCAUGCUGGGAGGCAAUACGGAGGAUUGAAAAGGGGCAACCGCGGAUUCUUGUCAAAGACCUUAACUCGCUUGAGAGGCAUUGUCCAGAAAGGGAAGAUGAACUGCCAACACUGAAAAUUUUCGACCUCCCACUCAAUUAUUCUUAUAGAGGAAGGAUCAAGCAUCCUGGAAAUUCCAGCCCCAGCAUCAACGUCAAAGAUAGUGGAAAAUAUUGUACAAGUCCAAGGACGGUUGAGGCAUUCGUCCCUCCACUCUCUGUAUUCAGUCCUGAAAGAAAUCUCUUCCCCGGGCUGAAUUCUAGGGUGGAGUCUCAUCCCCCCCACUACACACCAAUAAGUUUAACCUCUUUAAAACAAGUCGAAAAAAUACAAGUGACAGAUCUCGGUGAUCUUGCUGCACUCAAACUGGGUUUCCAGCCUGCCUAUGGGAACUUGAUUGUGAAGUGGAUCCCAGAUAUGCGGCAUAAAUUGUUGCUCAGUGAGAGACCAACUAAAAGAAUACAGACUCCUACACAGAAAAUGUGCGUGAAAGAACUUGCUUUGGAAGGCAUCCUGUCUUUUAAGAACAGCAAAGAGACUUGUUACCCUAAUCUACAGAAAAGAAAAAAGCCAAAUAAAGUCCCUACAGGAGGCCAGCCGUACCUGUUGCAUCUAAGAAGGCACCCAAAGAUUCCUGCCAAUAAAUCAAGAGCUGCAAAGGAAGAUUGCCAUCCAUCUGGAGAACAAGAAAAAAGGGUCACCAGGCAGCAGAGAAAAGGAAGAAUCCCCAAUUAAUGUGCAGAAAACACCCACUUUGUGCAGAUUUGAGCCUCAGAUUCCUAUGCAAGAAAGAGACCUAAGAAGACUUCAAAGCCAUCUGCAGGUUGUUUUAGAAGGCUCUGGGAUUCCCAAGCACCUUGUGUCAUCCCUAGCACAGCAGAUGAAUGGUACUGCUUUGAAUUUCCGGACUUC